GGCGUGGCUACGCCGCCUGCUCUCUGCAGCGAAGGCGACAGGUGCGUUGUUGUGCAGGGAGAGGCUGAGCCAAGGUGGAGGCAGGCAGAUAACUUGUGAGGAGGUGAGGAAUGGUCAAAGGAGUGAAUCUUAGAACACUGGAAUAACUACAGACAUCUAGUAACCUGUCUUUUAAGAGCUGCUGCAGCAUUUCAAGAUGGAACCAUCUCCAUUUAACAGAAGGCAAUGGACAUCUCAUUCUCUGAGGAUCACUGCCAAAGAGUUGUCCCUUGUCAACAAGAACAAGUCCUCUGCUCUUAUGGAGAGGUUCUCAAAAUAUCAGAAGGCAGCAGAAGAAGCAACUGCAGAGAAAAAAAGAAAUAACACCGAAAACCUUCCCCCACAUUUUAAAAGGGGGACCCUCAGCGUCCUAAAGAAGAAGUGGGAGAAUCCGGCACCGGGCACAGAGGUUCGGAAGGAAACCCUUCGAAGCAGCUGUGCAGAGGUUAGGCAGAAGGCUGUCAGCCUGUCUGGUGGUGGAAUUGCAAGCAGCUCUGCUUCUCUAGCAGAAACUGACAAAACCUCAGGGAUUGGUCCCCGAUCGAGACUCCAUUCCUCUUCUGGAGUGCUUGGCCAGUUCAGAUAUCUCAGUCUUGACAGCGGAGAGGCAAAAACCCAUUCACCCGAGAGUGGGAAAAUGGAAAAUUGUCUUAGAGAAUCCAGACAAGAAGUAGAAAAGCCUGAGGCCAAUGAAAACCCAGAAUCUUCAGGGAAAAUAGAGAAAUGUAGCAUUCCUCUGAGCAGGCUAAAGAUGAUGUUUGAGAGGGGGGAUGCAUCCCAGACAAAGGUUCUUCGAGACCAGGGCAGGGCUCCUGGUAGUAGAAGAAUUUCAGAGAACAGCUUUUCUUCAGAGGAUUUUGACAUCAGUUCUGGAGAAAGAAGCCUCAAUGCUUCAGGUCACCUGCUCUCCACCUCUCCAACAUCCAGCCCAGAGAAACCAGAGGGCAAGAAAAAUCAGGAGAUACCUCGCUUAUCAGAAACAUCAGUUAAGGACAGGCUUGCUAAGUACCAAGCAGCUGUGUCCAAGCAGGGCAGUCACAUGAAUGAGAUUCAAGCCAGUGAAAGCGAAGACAAGAGCUACAAUUAUGAACAGAAGGAGAACUUGCCACCAUGCUCUGAAGAUUUGUUUCCCCAGCAGGAUGGGGAGAAGAUUUUCAUAGGAGACAAUCUGAAUGCCAGUAUUUGUGAAGAUGGCAAUGUUGGAUUUAACUUCCAAAAAGAAGUUGAAGUCUCAAGGUCUUUCUAUGCCAAACAACAAAGCCCUGAUUCUAGAACAUCCAGCCAGAUGGAGACUUCUCCUCCUAAAGCAGUGAAGAAGUUCCAGUUGCCAGCAAAGGAAACCUGUGUUGCAUGCACAAAGACUGUAUACCCAAUGGAGCGUCUGUUUGCCAAUCAGCAAGUUUACCAUACUAGCUGCUUCCGCUGUUCUUACUGCAACAGCAAACUCACCCUUGGAACAUAUGCCUCUCUACACGGCACCAUUUACUGCAAGCCUCACUUUAACCAGCUCUUUAAAUCCAAAGGUAACUAUGAUGAAGGCUUUGGCCAUAAGCCGCACAAGGAACUGUGGGCAAGCAAAGCUGAAAAUGAGGAACCCCAGGAGAAACCUGACUAUACUGGAAAUGCCGUGGAAGGACCCCAAAGUCCUGGAGUGGAAGAUGCUCCAAUUGCCAAGGUUGGAAUUCUAGCAGCCAGCAUGGAGGCAAAAGCUGCUGGAGUGCCUGAGAAAGAAGAGAGGCCUACAGAAACCAAGAAGCUGAAGAUUGCUUGGCCACCUCCUUCCGAACAAGGCAGUCAAGGGGGCAUCUUGGAAGAGGGUAUUAAAGUGUCGAAGCCGAAGUGGCCUCCAGAAGACGAGGUCCCUAAGCCAGAUCAUCAAGAGGAAGUGGAUCAAGAUCUUAAAAAACUACGAAGGUCAUCUUCACUAAAAGAAAGAAGCAGGCCGUUUACUGUUGCAGCCUCAUUUAGAACAGUAUCUGUAAAGAGUCAUAGAACUGAAAACGCCUCUCCUCUCAAGGCUGAGAGGAGCACAGUGCAGCAAAGUGAGGAACCAGCAAAGGAAAUGGUUGUAGAAAACAAGCUGGUGGAAGGAAUCAAUACAGCUGAAUAUAGUUAUACCUCAAAUACAGCUGAGGAAGACAAAGAGCUAUAUGAGAGAAAGGGAGAAACAAGAGCUGAUGAGAGCCUCAUUGAGAAUGGUCAGAAAAGUGCUGACACUGAUGAGGAACAAGAAGAAUAUGUUUCAGGAAAGUUAGCACCUCUGGAUAAAGAAGCACUAUAUUGUACAUCUUCCAAACAUUCAGUUUUGAAUUCGACAACUGCAAAAGAAUUGUCUGCUAGUCCAAAUCAUAAAUCCCAAGAUGUAGGGUUUUUUGAAGGUGAAGACCUAGAAGAUUUGACAGUGGAGGAGCAGAUCAAGCGGAACAGAUACUAUGGUGAUGAAGAAGAAGACGAAGAAUAAACUUUUUUCACUAGGGGACUUACUGCAGGGUGCUGGGCCUUAAACUGAUGUGUUUAGUGUUUUGUUUUUCAUAAAGCGGCUUCCCUCUAUGAAAGUGAUAGCCAAUGCUGCAGGUGAAUGCAUAAAUCAGAAAGAUUUGUUCGGAUUUGCAUUUCUAUAGGAAAGUUCAUUGGAACCUGCAAAAUGUAAUCAAUGUUGUGAAAAUGGAAGAAUGUGCAUGACAUUGUUUUGGGAAUAGGCGUUACCUUGAUUGUUCAAAUUGUACUUUCAUUCUGUAAACUGGUCACUUAAAUGGCAUCUUAUUCUCAUCUGGUGUUGAUUAUUCAGCUGUUUUUGCAGGACAUCACUGUGCUGAGCUGAAAGAAAGAGGACUCUCAGACCCUCCCCCCAGUACCACUAACAGUACUACUGCAGUGCUUAGGGACCAGAUUCAGAGGGGCCUGGAGACCACUUUAAAUGGCUACUGCACUUUAAUGUAUGUGUAAAGGCAUGAUGAAUACAUUUUUAAAAAUAGUAAAAAUACAUUCUUUUAGAUAGACGUCCAAUCAUGACAGUAAUUUAAAUAUGCAAUCAGCAGCAUGAUAAUAGGGCAAGGCUAUGUUUCCAUGGCAAUGAUCAGCAGAUAAUUUGUUUUGCACUUUUCUUUUCUUAUAUGUACACAGCUCUUGUUGUAAAUUAGGACCCAGCUGAAUCUGAAUCUGCUGGCUGGCCAGAACAAAGCAACUUUCACAUACCUGGGUUAGAGGUAUGGUAUCUUUAUUUCCAAGAGUAAUGCAAAGUGAAGGAAUCUGGAGAGGGCAAGCUUCUGUCUGCAGGAUAUAACUACUUACAUUCCAUGUUAGUCUUCCGGAACGUUUCAUACUUGAAACUUCCAUUCUGCUUUUUUGCAUACAGUAUAUGUUAUAGUAUUCUAUAUGUACCAAACUGCCAGAUUUAAGAGUCAGCAUGAAAAACACUGUGUGCAAAUAUCUGCAAGAUAACAAAGCAAUGGAAAAAGUUUGGACUGAUUCCCAAUGUUUUUAGUGCUUUUCAACUGGACUGCGUGCAUUUUAUAAAUCAUAGCAUUUUGAGCUUGGUAAAGGGUUUACUUAAUAGUUUUUAAUCUUUUUGUAAUGUAUUCACUUAAAUUAGAUCUCUAACUAUAUUUUAGAGUUGUAAAAUAUUCUGCUUUCUUACCAAUCUUGCUAAGUAUGAAACAUUUUUAUUCAAUAAAGGCUCUGUCAUUUUUAUUGUU